AUGAUUAAUAUCAAUACAAAAUGGACACAAAAUGGUUUAACUGUCGCUGGUGGAUGUCGAAAAGGCAAUGGAUUUAAUCAAUUAAGUUGUCCAAAUGGUUUUUAUGUUGAUGAUGAUUUAACUGUUUAUAUAGCUGAUUUUAAUAAUAAUCGUAUUGUAGAAUGGAAAUUUGAUGCAACAAGUGGUCUUGUUAUUGCUGGUGAAAAUGGUCAAGGAAAUCGAACCGAUCAAUUAGAUGGUCCAAUCGAUAUUAUUGUUGAUAAAGAAAGAGAUUUUUUUAUUAUUUGUGAUAAACGAAAUCGACGAGUAGUUAAAUGGCCUUAUCGAGGUGGAACAAGUGGACAAACAAUUAUUCCAAAUAUUGAUUGUGCUUGUUUAACAAUGGAUCAACAUGGAUUUAUUUAUGUUUCAGAUAUUCGUCAAUGUCUUGUUAAACGUUGGAAAGUUGGUGAAACUCAAGGAACAAUUGUAGCUGGAGGUAAUGGAAAAGGUGAUCGUCUUGAUCAAUUGAAUUCUCCAACUUUUCUAUUUGUCGAUCAUGAACAAUCGAUUUAUGUUUCGGAUAGAGAUAAUCAUCGUAUUAUGAAAUGGAUAAAAAAUGCACAAGAAGGAAUUAUUAUAGCUGGAGGUCAAGGUCAAGGAAAUAGUUUAACACAAUUAUCAUAUCCUUGUGGAAUUAUUGUUGAUCCAUCGUUAAAUUUAUAUAUAGCAGAUCGUGGAAAUCAUCGAAUUAUUCGUUGGCCUAAAGAUAUUUAUCAAGGAACUAUUAUUAUUGGUGGAAAUGGUUCAGGACAACAACCGAAUCAACUUAAUGAACCAAAAGGUAUAGCAUUUGAUCGACAUGGAAAUCUUUAUGUUGUCGAUUGUUGGAAUCAUCGAGUUCAACGAUUUUCUAUUGAUCAAAACUUAACUUCGUAA